AUGGUUGCUGUUUCCGGUUGGCUCUUCGCUUUGGCGCUGGUUUCGGCCGCUGCAGCCGACGUUCCCGUCAACUCAUCGAAGGCGCCCGCUCCCCAGCCAUUGGAUCUGAACCUGACCGUUGCCAAGAAGCCGGCCGCCGAGCCGAAAGCGCCCGCCCCCAAAGAGGCGCCCGCCCCCAAAGAGGCGGACCAUCUGAAGUUGGGGCUGGCCCAGAAGACCCCGCCCCCGCCCCGCGCCGACCCUCCGCAGGAGGCCGACUCCGAUCCGAUCACUGCGCACCCGAACACCACCCACAAGACCCCAAGCACCACGGCCCACGUGGUUUCGGCCGCUUUUCUGGAGGUGCCCAACCUAAUGUAAGUGGAGCGAGAAUGGGUUAUUGUAGAGUAAUUGGUGGGGAAAAGUGGUCAAAAUUAGUCUUAGUGUAGUGUACAGGCAUUAGUUUUUGUUUUGAAAUACAGAAAUCGGUCGAUUUUUCAAGUCUUUGAUUUUGCGAGCUGCGCCCGGGCUUUGUGUUUUUUGAUUUUUUUAUGAAUAUAAGUAAAAAAAAUUGGGGAAAAUUGGUCAAAAGUAGUCUCAAUGUAGUCCAUAGGCAUUAGUUUUUGUUUUGAAACACAGAAAUCGGUUGAUUUUUCAGAUUUUUGAUUUUGCGAGCUGCGCCCGAGCUUGUGUUUUUUAGUGAUAUAAAGUAGGAAUUAUGUAGUGUGCUGGCUCAAAAAAUAAUUGAGAAUAAGCUAGUAGCCUCGAUUAUUUGUUUUUGAGCCCUUAGGCUUUAAAAUUGCAUUUCUAAGUUUCCGACCUGCGCCCUGGACUUAUUUCUUUUUGGUUUUAUAACUUGAAAAUUACAUUUUAGGUCAUUUCUAGAGUAGAAAGAGACUGAUUAAUUUUUACAAAGUAAUUUGCGCUGAGCUAGACCACAUUCCCGGAUUUUUCGAAGUCCACGAGCUGCGCCCUAUGUUAAUUUCGAAAGACACCCCAAGCUUUUUCCAGUCUUUUUUUUUGGAUAAUUUAUGAUCCAAAGAUUCUUAUUCCAUAAAAAAUUCGCAUCUUUUACGACCGAACUAUUACCGCGAGCUGCGCCCUGCCUCUUAAAAAUAUCUUUUGUAAUCGUCUGCCAAAACUUUGAGGUCCUUAAAAAUAUAUUUUUUUGGUAUUCUGAUCUACUGUACAAUCUAAAAUCGUUUAUUUUCAGGGUCUUCUACGCUGUGGCCCUCGUGUUGGCCAUGGUUCCACUGAAUCUCUGA